AUGGGCUUUGCGGGCGUCUACACUGCCGUGUAUGACUACACACCUCAAGGGGAAAAUGAGUUAGCGUUUGCCGAAGGUGACCUGUUAUACAUACUGGAUAAAUCGUCAGAUGACGGCUGGUGGAAAGCAAAGAAGAAAACCACUGAGUUUGACUCCGAGGAGCCUGUGGGAUUAAUUCCCAAUAAUUACGUGGAGGAGGCACAACCAAUUCAGCAAGCGAAAUCCAUCUACGAUUAUACGCGACAAACGGACGAGGAGGUUUCGUUUGCUGACGAUGUCGAUAUCUUGAUCUUUGACACCUCCGACCCUGACUGGACCCUCGUGCAGGUAAAUUCCGAGUUCGGGUUUGCCCCAGCAAAUUAUAUUCAGGUUGUAGGCGACGUUGAGACCCCCGAGGCCGCACCUGCGCCCCCUCCCGCGGUAGAGAGCCACCACGAAGCCGAAGUCGUCGAACCCGAGCCAGAGCCGGAACGCGAAGUACCUCCUACUCCCCAAACUACCGCCAAAUCUCCUCCCGGGCCUGCUACUGCUCUUGCCGGAAUUCUACAGAGUCAACAACCACCAGCUCCAUCGACCCAGUCUAGGCCGAUCCCAGCCCUGCCUGCUCGGGAAUCCCCAACCGUUACGCAAACGUUGACGCCGCCUAACUAUGACCAUGAGGAAGAAGCUCCUCCUCCCAGCCUCCCACGCCGUCCGCUAUCAGAGCAGGAAGAUCCACGAGAAAGUCUACCUUCUCUAAGAGACCAUCGACCCCCUCCCUCUCCCUCCCCGAGAGGCCACCUACCUUCCCCAGACGAUUUUUCCAGAGGGCCAACUCGCGUCCGUUCUCCCCAUGACUCCUUCAAGGGAGAGUCAGGUGGCGUCCAGCCCUCCCCUCCAUAUAGCAGAUUGGCCUUGCGAGAUGAGGCCUAUCCCCGACAUUCAGCGACGUCACCGUCUGGAUACCAUUUAUAUAACAUUAGUGAAAUGAUUUCGAUUAUGGGGAAGAGGAAGAAGAUGCCAACAACACUCGGAAUCAAUGUUGCGACAGGAACUAUAUUUAUAUCCCCAGAGAAGUCAGAGGAUGGCCCUCACCAAGAAUGGACGGCGGACAGGUUAAAACAUUAUUCCAUUGAGGGGAAGCAUGUGUUCGUUGAUCUUGUACGGCCCAGUAAGAAUGUCGAUUUCCAUGCCGGAGCCAAGGAUACGGCGCAAGAGAUAGUGGCUGCGCUUGGGGAAAUCUCUGGUGGAUACAGAGCCGAAGGGUUGAGAGAGGUUAUUGCAGCCGGCACAAGUGGUGCCAAGAAGAAAGGCAUAAUUCUAUACGACUUCAUGGCUCAGGGAGAUGAUGAGGUCACUGUGGGAGUUGACGAUGAAGUUAUCAUUCUCGAUGAUUCGAGAUCCGAGGAGUGGUGGAUGGUCCGGCGACUGAAGAACGGAAGAGAGGGCGUCGUCCCCAGCAGUUACAUCGAAAUUACUGGGGUGGUGGACUCUAGCACUUCAGGCGUAAAUGCCGGCUUAUCAUCUGUUGAACAGAACAGACUUGAGGAGGCACGUCUAGCAAAACAGGCAUCACGCUCAAGGAGACGGGACUCAGAAGGAACGGGGGUCAUAGAGCGUCCAAAGCGUGAGAGUAAAUCGCUAAAGCCAAAACCGAAUUCAUUAAAAACGAGAAAAUGGACCGACAGAUCGGGUACCUUCACCGUUGUUGCCGAGUUCAUCGGUCUAGCAGACGGCAAAAUGCACCUUCACAAGCAAAACGGCGUGAAAAUUGCAGUUCCCGUAUCCAAGAUGUCUAUUGAGGAUCUAGAAUAUGUCGAAAAGGUUACUGGUGAGUCUCUUGACGAAGAUAAGCCUCUCUCUGAUAUUCGUCGCCGCAGCCAAAUGGUGGGCGACCGAAAGGUAGUCGGGGCUUCUAUAAAAAAGGAACCCGAUUACGACUGGUUCGAUUUCUUCUUAAGAGCUGGAGUUGGACCUCAUCAGUGCGAACGUUACGCCAGCAAUUUUGCCAAGGAUUCUAUGGAUGAAUCUGUUCUUCCAGAUAUCACGCCUGAUGUGCUCCGCACACUAGGGUUGAAGGAAGGCGAUAUAUUACGGGUGACUAAAUAUAUUGAUGAGAAAUACAAGCGGAAGGCAAAGGGGGCUCGAAAUGUCACUUUUGCAGAUGGCGAUGAAGAGCCUGCCAGUGGUGGCUUGUUUUCUGGCCCUGGUGGUGCCUUACGGAAUAAUACACGAAAGGGACGCCCUGCCCCAGCACUUCAGACCGCCGACGUUGUUGAUCCAAAAGCAUUUGAGCUCAAGGAUAAGUCGGAGUCUGCUGAAGGCAAGGCUUCAUCGCCAGGAAAGGAGAAGAGUGGCCCCGCAGGAUUUGAGGAUAACGCAUGGGAAGUCAAGACCCCAAGCAAGCCAGCAGCUUCAAGCGCACCAUCUUCUACGUCCACUGCUGCUCCAAGCCAGCCAGCGUUAACAGGUGCCAUGGCCGACCUCUCUUUGCUUCAAACGCCCCUGGAACCCACGAAAACUGGCCCAGCCCCAGCGCCUAAGCCAGCCGAGCCCAUCCUCUCUCAGCCACCAGCUCCUCAGACCCAGCAAGUAGCACAACCGCAACAACCGGGCGCGAACCCGCAGUUCUUCUCACAGCUUGGGCAGCCUCAGAUGCAGACUCUCGCUCCACAAAUGACAGGAUAUGUACAACAGCAGAUGCCGCAAUUGCAGCCUCAGCCUCCUACUACAGCAAUGACCCAAGGAUUCCUCACCCCUCCUCCACCACCUCGGCCACUCUCUGCUCCUAAUAACCCUCCAGGGCCGAACGGCUUUGGAACACAACCUUUACAGCCACAGCUCACCGGUAUCCCGUCAACAGCGCCACAUAUCGCACCACCAGGGCAUAGUUUGGCGGAACUCAACCAGCAACGGUUCCAACAGCAGCAGCAACAGCUUGUACCACAGCCAACCGGGUUCCCUUCCCAGAUUCCCGGAAUGGGAAAUCAAUUUACCCCCCAGAUGCCGCAACAGCAGUCCUUCUUAAAUCCUUCCCAGCAAUUCAUGAGUGGCCAACAGCAGCAAUUCCCGGCUUUGGCUCCCCAACCCACAGGCUACUCUCCAUUCGGUCAGCAACAGCAACCGCCUAUGCCAACCGGGUCUAUCAACUCCGUCCUCCCUACUCCUUUACAACCUCAACGUACAGGCGCCAAUGGCUUUGGAAUCAACCCAAGUUUCACACCAUCACCCCCACCAAUUCCCCAACAGCCAACUGCUGCACCAUUGCUACCUCAGAAAACUGGCCCAGCUCCUCCAGUACGUUUUGGUGUCCACAAAGAUACAGCGAAGAAACUUAUGCCCCAACCAACCGGAAAAGCAAAUCUUUCUCAAGCAACGCCAUCCAAUCCAUUUGGAUUUUAA